AUGGCUCAUCGGUUGUUACGAGACGAGGACGCGGAUGGCUGGGAGCGCAGCGAUUUUCCGAUCAUCUGCGAGACUUGCCUUGGAGCGAACCCUUACGUUCGCAUGACCAAGGCGAGCUUCGACAAGGAGUGCAAGAUCUGCACGCGCCCCUUCACCGUGUUCCGAUGGCGGCCGGGCCGCGACGCGCGCUACAAGAAGACCGAGAUCUGCCAGACUUGCUGCAAGCUCAAGAACGUCUGCCAGGUGUGCAUGUUGGAUCUGGAGUACGGGCUGCCAGUGCAGGUGCGCGACACGGCGCUGAACAUCAACACCACGGACGCCAUCCCGCAGAGCGACGUCAACCGCGAGUACUUCGCUGAAGAGCACGACCGGAAGGGUCGAGCGGGGCUGGACUACGAGUCAUCAUUCGGGAAGGCUGCGCCGAACGACCUGCUGCUGAAGCUGCAGCGUACGACGCCCUACUACAAGCGCAACCGCGCGCACAUCUGCUCGUUCUUCGUGCGCGGGGAGUGCACGCGCGGGGCGGAGUGCCCCUACCGCCACGAGAUGCCCAUCACGGGGGAGCUGGCGCACCAGAACUUCAAAGAUCGUUAUUAUGGCGUGAACGACCCAGUGGCAAAGAAGAUGAUGCGCCUGGCAGCAGAGAUGCCGUCACUGGAAGCACCAGAGGACACGACCAUCAAGACGCUGUUUGUUGGAGGCGUGGAUUCCCGCGUCACAGAAGCUGACCUAAAGGACAAGUUUUAUGCGUACGGGAAGGUAGAGUCCAUCCGCCUCAUCACCCCGCGCAGCUGUGCCUUCAUCACCUUCUCCUCCCGCGAGGAGGCCGAGAAGUCUCCUUCAUGCUCUCCUCUGCAACCCCCAUUCCCACCCCCUCUCCUGCCCCCCUCCUCUCUUCCCUCCUUGCCAUGGCAGGGACAAGUUCUAUGCAUACGGGGAGGUAGAGUCCAUCCGUCUCAUCACCCCGCGCAGCUGUGCCUUCAUCACCUUCUCCUCCCGCGAGGAAGCCGAGAAGGCCGCUGA